UACAAUAACGUUGUUUUUCAAAUAGUAUAUGGUAUCAUUAGACGCACUCAUCGUGACAUAGCUUCGUUAAUGACAUUUCGUUUGACAUUUGUAAAUUUAGAAGAAUUGUGUGAAAUAUGAGUGGUUUAUACGGAACAACAUUAUCGGUUGAAUCGAUAAAAGUAAUAGCUGAAAGCAUUGGUUUGAAUGCGCUUCCCGACGAUGCGGCCAAAGAGCUCGCUGACGAUGUUUCAUUCAAAUUAAAACAAAUUGUCCAAGAUAGCGCAAAAUUUAUGCAUCACGCGAAGCGCCAAAAGUUAUUAAUAUCCGAUAUUGAUCAUUCGUUGAAAGUGCGUAACAUUGAACCGCAAUACGGUUUUGUAUCACAUGAUUUUAUACCAUUUCGUUUUGCAUCGGGUGGCGGUCGUGAGUUGCAUUUCAUCGAAGAAAAAGAAUUGGACUUGAAUGAUGUUAUUCAGGCACAGCCUCCAAAAGUUCCGUUGGAAGUAUCGUUAAGGGCGCAUUGGCUUUGUGUGGAUGGCAUUCAGCCGACAAUACCUGAAAACCCACCACCAUUAACACGAGACAAUCAGCUACAAGAUACGGUAAAUCCAGUUAAAAAACUCGAUACAAAUGUGAAAAAAGAUGUUACCGGCAAACCGACAAUCGGAAAACUACAAAAAUUCAAAAAUUCCGAAACUGUACAUGUCAAACAAUUGGCGACACACGAAUUAUCUGUCGAGCAACAACUUUAUUACAAGGAGAUAACCGAAGCCUGUGUUGGCUCUGACCAAGCUCGACGAGACGAGGCAUUACAGUCAUUGUCUGCUGAUCCAGGUUUACAUGAAAUGUUGCCGAGAAUGUGUACAUUUAUUGCUGAAGGUGUUAAAGUGAAUGUGGUACAAAAUAAUUUGGCGCUAUUGAUUUACCUUAUGCGAAUGGUGAAAGCACUUUUGGAUAACCCAUCUCUUUAUUUGGAGAAGUAUUUACAUGAAUUGAUUCCGUCGGUGGCAUCAUGUAUAGUUUCGCGAACUCUGUGCAUGAGACCCGAAUUGGACAAUCAUUGGGCAUUGAGAGAUUUUGCAUCGAGACUUAUGGCAACCAUAUCAAAGAAUUUUAACACAUCGACAAAUAAUUUGCAAACGCGUAUAACAAGACUGUUUAGCAAUGCACUGCAAAACGAUAAAACCCAAUUGUCGUCGUUGUACGGAGCGAUUGCUGGCCUGGCCGAACUUGGCAGCGAGGUGAUUAAAGUGAUCAUUGUGCCCCGCUUAAAGUCUAUUUCGGAUAGGAUUGAGCCGCAUUUGAAUGGAACAGGAGCUAGUAAUACUGAUAAAAUUGCGGCCGGCCAUAUAAGAGCUAUGCUUCAGAAAUUGUGUGCACCAGUUUUGAAAUCCAUUAGAAAUCCACCAGACGUUGUGGACGAAUACAAGCGAGACUACGGAUUUCUUGGAAUUACACUACAACAAGCGGUCUUAAAAUCGCGAAAUGCACCGCCGCCACCACCAAGCACAUCUAGUGAGAAAACUUAUACUACGAGCAUUCCUCAAACUACAACCACAACUACAGUCAUAAAUCCAAUAACACCUUCAGUGUCUCACGUACCUUCAGUACGACAACAAACUACACCGCGCAUCGCAGGUACUCCAAGUACAAAAACAAUUGUACCCCAGAGACAGCUAUCAACAGGGUCUACACUGCCAUCGCCACAAACAUUAAGUAACCCAUCACUUCCGCAAAAAUUCGUUAUUGUAAAGCCCGGCAUUAACAUACAGCAACAAGCCAAGCCAAACAUCGUUGUCAUGAAUCCACCUGGUUCUACCAACGCACAAGUAAUAGCUCCAAAACAGUUUGUUGCGAAUGAUGUUCAAAAUACUUCGUAUGUAAUACAAGAGACUCCAGAAAUAGAUGACCUUUCGCAUUUGGAGUAGUUUAUAUUUUUAUUUUUAUUUUAUAGAAUUUUGUAAUAAAUU